ACUCACGGUGCGAUUUUUACCGCACAGCUUGAACACGCGCCAUGUUUAGAGGAAACAAAAGGUGUAAAUCCCAUUGCUCGGUUUCUGGUUAAAUAACAUAGCUAUCUUUUUUAUAAUAAGAAACGAGUAUGAGAAGGGAAUUUUGGGAAGGCUGAUUGGACUUGCUGGAGGUUGUUUCAAUGGCUCUUCCAACUGCUAACCAGGUGUCGUUGGGUCGGGAGACUCCCAAGCACUAUGGGAUCACUUCUCCUAUCAGCCUGGUCCAAGCUAAGGAGGCUGACCUUGUCCUCACACACAGGCUGACUGAGGCCCUGAAACCGUACGGGGUGUUUGAAGAGGAGCUGGAACUACAACGCAGAAUACACGUGUUGGGAAAACUGAACACACUGGUGAAGGAAUGGAUUCGUGACGUCAGUGAGACAAAGAAUCUGCCUGCCUCGGUGAUUGAGUCUGUCGGAGGGAAGAUAUUCACAUUUGGGUCGUACAGGUUAGGAGUUCACACUAAAGGGGCAGACAUCGACGCCCUGUUUGUGGCUCCUCGACAUGUGGAGAGAACAGACUUCUUCUCCUCGUUCCUGGACAAGCUGAAGGAGCAGGAGGAAGUCAAGGAUUUGAGGGCUGUUGAGGAGGCAUUUGUCCCGGUGAUAAAGCUGUCUUUCGACAGCAUUGAGAUCGACAUCCUGUUUGCACGGUUAGCUUUGCAAACAAUCCCAAAGAAUCUGGACCUCCGAGAUGACGGGCUGCUGAAGAACCUUGACAUCCGCUGCAUUAGGAGUCUCAAUGGUUGCAGAGUUACAGAUGAGAUCCUCCAUCUUGUACCCAACAUUGAGAACUUCAGACUGACUCUGAGGACCAUCAAGCUGUGGGCUAAACGUCAUAACAUCUACAGUAACAUCCUGGGCUUCCUGGGUGGAGUCUCCUGGGCCAUGCUGGUAGCCAGGACCUGCCAGCUCUACCCCAACGCCGUGGCCUCCACUCUCGUACACAAGUUUUUCCUCGUCUUCUCUAAGUGGGAAUGGCCCAACCCGGUUCUCCUGAAGCAGCCCGAGGACUGCAACCUGAACCUGCCAGUCUGGGACCCCAGGGUGACACCCAGUGACCGGUACCACCUGAUGCCCAUCAUCACACCAGCCUACCCCCAGCAGAACUCCACCUACAACGUCUCCGUCUCCACACGGGCUGUCAUGGUGGACGAGUUCAAACAGGGUCUGUCCAUCACAGAUGAAAUUUUGCAGAAUAAAGCAGAGUGGUCCAAACUAUUUGACGCACCAAACUUCUUUCAGAAAUACAAGCAUUAUAUUGUGUUGCUAGCAAGCGCCCCCACCGAGAAGCAGCACCUGGAAUGGGUUGGUCUAGUUGAGUCUAAGAUCAGGAUCCUUGUGGGAAACCUGGAGAAGAAUGAGUUCAUAACGUUGGCCCAUGUCAACCCCCAGUCAUUCCCUGGACCCAAGGAAAGCAGGGAAAAAGAGGAGGUCAGCACCAUGUGGGUGAUAGGGGUUAUCUUUAAGAAGAUGGAGACAUCAGAGAACCUCAACGUUGACCUGACCAUUGACAUCCAGUCCUUUACUGACACGGUGUAUCGCCAGGCCAUCAGCAGUAAGAUGUUCGAGGCAGACAUGAAGAUCCAGGCCAUGCAUGUGAAGAAGAGACAACUGCAUCAGCUACUGCCCAGCCUGGUCAUGCCCAAACGCAGAAAGCACUCUACAGAGGGGCUUCGUCAGAUGAAUGACAGUAGUCUGGACCUAUCGCUGGACAGUGACAACAGCAUGUCAGUGCCCUCCCCCACAGCCUUGUCAGCCGCAGUGCCCACGUCGACCCCAGUGAAGAGUGGCCCGCUAGGUCCCCCUCCCAGUCCCAUCGCGGCAGCAGCCAGCCAACCAGAGAUCCAAGCUUCCACUAUGAGUCCGCCAGCUGUGAAGAGACCUGGUUCCCCUAUGCAAGAAGAGAGGAAGAGGUUAAAAUCAGACUCUGAGGAGUCAGCCACUGAGAGACAGACCUCAGGAGACUCCGUCCCCAGCAGCCAGACCACCUCUCCUCCCCCCACCAUGGGUCCUCCAGCGGCCCCCCAAACCCCCUCCCCUCCCGCUACCAUGGGUCCUCCAGCGGCCCCCCAAACCCCCUCCCUUCCCGCUACCAUGGGUCCUCCAGUGGCCCACAAGACCCCCUCUCCUCCCCCCACCAUAGGUCCCCCAGUGGCCCACAAGACCCCUAACCAGGAGGUGCUGGAGGAGAAGAGCCCUAAGGAGCACCAGAUGGAGGACCCCUCCAUAGUCCCAGAGACAAAGACAGAGGAUAGUGGUGCAGCUAGCGUUGGAGAGGGGGGCACCUCUGUGGAGGCAGAGGUCAAUGAGGACAGUAUAUCUGAGGAGAUGGCGGCUUCUGAAGGGGAAGUGAAGAUGGAGGCAAACAUUACGAGAAUGGUGAGUACGGAUCUGUCUGACGUGCCUCUCUUGCCAGCCAACCCCAUUCCAGUGGUGAAGAACUCUAUCAAGCUUCGUCUCAGCAGGUAGGAGAGGCCAGACAGACGCACCAAUCCAGCCCCCCCGACCCCUGACCCCUGACCGCUACGGUGGAUGUUCUAAGACCUACUUGUCCUCUGUCCUUUGCCACGGAAUGCCCACAGUGCUGCAGACAGACACACAGACAGACAGACAGGGCGGACGCACAGGCGACUAGACAGACAGCGCUCUCUCGACUAGGGACAUUGUCGGUUGACAUGCCAGGGCGUAGUUGCAACUAUCUUCACAAGAGGGCGAUGUUGCCCUUCUACUGGAUUCUCCCAGGCAGCUUCCAACCUCUACCUUACUGGUUAAAUUUAAAGUUGUCCCAUAGGCACAGAUCUGGGAUCAGCUUACCUUCCCCUGUGUCUUCACCUUAACCAUUUAGGCAUCUUCAUCCUACUUCUUCCAGAGCUGCUGGAAGGAGUAGAAUGUUGCACAAAGAUGUCACCGUGACUCUGCAGACAGACAGACGUGCUCACGUUCGCCAGUUCGAACCUGUUAUUUCCGGUCUUCUAUAACGGAUUAGAGAUGACUACAGGUUAUGACACCUUGUUCCCUAUAGCAGGGUUAAUAAAAUCUGACCCCUACGAGGAGCCUGCUGCUUUUCUAUUCUACCUGGUGUCCCAGGUCUAAAUCAAUAGACUGGACCAAUGAAAAGUGACUGGACCAAUGAAAAGUGGAACUGGCUUGGAGGCCCUAUAUAGUCCACUACUUAUAACCCUGGUCAUUAUAUAAAGGGAAUCGGCUGCCGUUCUGUAUCCGUCUAUAAUCCACGGACAGGUAGUCGCUGUCUGUCAGGUAACUGUUGGGAUACGAGGUGGCCUUCAGGGUAUACAGGUAGUGAAAUGAGGGGGGCGCAUCAUAAAGAUGUCCACGCUGUCAUCGCUUGCAGCUACACGCUUGGAACUACAUCAGGUUUGUGUACAUGUACAACACAAUAACUUUGACCAAAAAAACAACCCUGAAUAUCUCAGAAUGUCUCUGUGAACAGGAUGGCGUAGUUUCUCUUGUCUAGGAUGCAUGUUUAUAAUCUAGAGAUGACAAAAAAGGAGUUAAGAGUUUAGUCAUCUUUCUACAUUCACGCUGACGUUCAGAUUAUCUGUGAUUUAUGUCCGAGGACUGCUACAGUAAGAAAAUGCAGUAGCAGAGUGCUGUAGGCCGAGUGUAGAGUAGCGAGGUGGUCUGGUGUCUGACUGAAGCGUUCAGAUAUACAUUGUAUAGAAUCAAAAUGAUUAGAAUGGGCAUAGAACAAAUGUAGAUUCUAUGUAUACAUGCAUUGUACAGUAACCAUUAGUGUCUGUCUUGUACAAUAACAUUAAAAUGAUGAAAAACAAUGCUUUUCUUUUGCUUAGAAUAUAAAGGACUUGAUCUUUCGCCUUGGUGAUUUUUAUUUUUUUGCAUAAAAUGGUGCGAUUUGAAUCAAGAUAAUUAUUCUAACAUUGCAUAGAGGGUUUAGUUCGUAAAAACCAAUUGUCUUUGUUGGUUAUUCAUUUAGGAUCUUCUUGUUCUCGUCGUAAUGGAUGUGGACUUUGUGGGAAUAGUCAACGGGUUUAAAUGUGUUAGUAGGAUUAGCAAACAAAGUAACAAAGUAAUUUUUUUCUUUUUUUAAGUUUAAAAACAAUAUGUCCUGACUUUUAACAUUUGAACUUUCUCAAUAUUUUCUAGAUGUAUUAACAAAACAAUACUUUUUUGGGGGUUUUGUUUGUGCUAACCGUGUGGACUUGUAUGGUGAUGAUGAAUCUGAAGACCACUGUCAACCUACAGUGUGUUAAUCAACAUGUACAGAUGUUUUUCUUCAAUGACUACCAUUUUAAAUGUUAUGUCCCCUGUUCUUACAAUGCUUUUUUUUUUUCUUAUGCGUGUUUGUAAGGAUGAGGUAUUGUACUUUCUUUUUUUUUUCACAAAUAAAGGUCUGCCUUGUUGAGGAGA